CAUCGGCAGGGAGAGGGUUCUCCCUCGUUUUCGCGUUUCCUGAUUUCUCGAGGAAUUUCGCAAGGGGAAUCGGAGCCAGAGGACGAUUCCAGAAAUCGCUACGUGAUCCUUGAGGGACGGCAAGCGGCUAAGCGAUCGCUGUGUCGCAAUUCACCUGCUCGAGGAGAUUGCGAAACGCGAACGCCCGUGACCGCCGCAGACACCUUUCCACUUUCUCCGGAGACACGCGAGUCGCUCCCGGACGGAGAAUUUAGUCGCAGUCCGAAGAUCGAGUCGGCGGAAGGCUUGAGACAUACCUCGAAGAGCCAUUCGAAGCGCCUCGAAGAGCCUCGAAGAGCCUCGAAGAGAACUCCGACCAGCAUGGCCAGCCUCUCGUCGAAAAUCUGGAUGAUCCUACUCCUGGCGUCGAUUCUCGCAGUGGUUUCCGAGGUCUUAGCCACCGUGGCAGAGCCCAAGGCACCGAAUUUCCAGUAUUUCGAAAGGCCUAAAUAUCGCUACCCAUACUACGACGAAAAUGGAAAAGGCCGACUGCUCUACGGAUACGGAGGACCUGAAUUAUACCAGUAUCGGACGUACAGCGCCCUGGAAGGCAUUCAUUAGCUAAUGAAGAAUCGUCGAUAACGGCACGUUAAUUACCCUCGGUUAUUUUCCUGCAAUUAGACUCGUCGGUCGAAUCAACGAAAUAGGACGCACGUGAAGAAUCGCUUCGGAGAAUGAUUUCGAGGCCAGGCUUGGCUGGUGCUUAGAUUGUAACGCGAGUACGUGUAUUUAUGGAUGCACGCGUGUAUAUACAUAGAUUAUCGCGUCGAAAAAGACGAUCAUCGCGAUUCCUCAAAACAUUUAGUAUAACUGCCGAUGCGUAACAGGAUUAUAAUCAAACGCACUUUCCGUAGUUCUAGUUUAUUGCGACAUCGAGUGGUCAAAAGUGUUUAUAAACACGUAGGAAACUUCGUAUAGAAGAUAGGUAAAACAAAGUAUAAAUACUUAUAAACUGCACUUUCUCA